AUGUGGGAGGAACAUCCCUGCGAGCCGCUGGCCAAGGAGCCCCGUCAGGCCGCCGCUGCCCUGCGACCACGAAGCCCGGAGACCCACGGGUGCGUUACAAUGUCAGGUGUCACCUCCAUGGCAUCACUGCAGCAGAGUGCUGACAUUAUCCCCCCAGUUGAUGAGCUUGUUCAACUGGACCUGACACUCAAGACAAAAAGCAGUCUUGCAGCAUCUCCCUUUCUGCUUUUUGCCAACCGUCGGGAUGUUCGACUCGUGGAUGCUGGAGGCACAAAGCUGGAGUCCACUGUGGUGGUCAGUGGUUUAGAAGAUGCUGCUGCGGUUGACUUCCAGUAUUCACAAGGCAUCGUUUUCUGGACAGAUGUGAGUGAAGAAGCCAUCAAGCAAACUUAUAUUAACCAAACUGGCAAUGUGGUACAGAAUGUCAUCAUUUCUGGUCUGGUUUCCCCGGACGGCCUGGCGUGUGAUUGGAUUGGGAAAAAACUCUACUGGACAGAUUCAGAGACCAACAGGAUAGAAGUAGCUAAUCUCAAUGGAACAUCUAGAAAAGUCCUCUUCUGGCAAGACCUUGAUCAGCCCAGGGCGAUAGCUUUGGAUCCUGCUCAUGGGUAA